AUGCGUCCGUUAGCUACUAACAGUGAUUAUCGGGAAGAAGAACGUUUAACAUGCGUACUUGUAUUAGAUACCUUUAAUGCUCAUUUAAAUGAUGUUAUUUCUCAUACAACGUUGCCACUAUGUCUGUGGCCCAUCGAUGGUCAACCACUCAUUGAUUAUACCAUCUAUACAUUGAUUCGAUCUGGAAUUCAGGAAAUCAUCUUAGUUAGUACUGCUCAUACAUUCGAAAUUCGAUCUUACAUGUUGAACAGUCAGUGGACAAAAACGUAUUCAUGUAAUAUUCAAUUGGUACCGUGUAAACAUGCACGAUCAUUGGGAGAUUGUCUUAGAGAUCUGGACCAAAGAGGGUUUAUUACAAAUGAUUUUCUGUUAUUAUAUGGCUCAGGAUGUUUAUUGACAAAUCAAAAAUUAUCAUCACUAUUUCAGUUACACAAAGAUAAUGUUAAACAAGAUAAAAAUUGUGUGAUGACUCUUGUUUAUCGUACUUUGCAUCAUGUUGAACAUUCUUCGUUAACGGAUGAUACGUCACUGAUAUUGAUAAAAGAUAAAAAGACAAAUCGAUUGUAUGACUAUAUUAAACAAGCAUUUUACCAACAACAACAAUCAAAUUCACCAUCAUUCCAUAUACCAUUAGAAUUGUUUGAACGAAAUGCGUGCUUAGAAACAUUGUAUUGUCCACUCGAUUUACAAUUAUCUAUUUGUUCUCCAGAUGUGUUGACUUUAUUUUCGGACAAUUUUGAUUUUUUAACAAUCAACGAUUUUGUCAAAGGUGUACUCCGUGACGAAGAAAUUGCUUUUCACACAGUCUACUGUCAUUUAUAUGAAACUGGUUAUUUUCUUUCCGUACACAAUCUACACUUGUAUAUGAAAGCAUCAAUCGAUAUUAUUCGUCGUUGGACAUUUCCACUUGUACCGGAAACAUUAGCGUUGUUACAAAAAACAUCGCAAACAAUUAGUUCUCCAUCAUCAUCAACAAUCUCAUUACCUACAACAUCACCAGUUUCCACUCCUAUAGCUCUCCAAACGCGCUUAUUUUGGUCACUAUAUCCAGUUGUCUACGAUAAGCGAAAUAUUUAUAAACAAGGUGUUAUUUCCCUCGAUCGUGAUUCUCAUCUUGAAAUUGAUGUCUAUAUUGGAAAUGGGACGCAAAUAUUGUCUAAUGUAUAUUUAAAACAAACAGUUAUUGGACAAAACUGUAAAAACAGUCGAAUAUCAAAUUCUAUAAUAUGGAAUCAUGUUCAAAUUGAAGAAAAUUGUCAGAUCGAUUCAUGCGUUAUAUGCGAUAAUGUUCUGAUACGAAGCGGAUGCCAACUUGGAAAGCAAUCAAUUCUAUGUAAAGGUGUUAUCAUUGGAACAAAAGUUGUGCUAAAUGAUAAUACCAUAAUAGUAGCAUCAUCUAUUAAUACCAACGACAUGGGAGAUCAAGACGAGGUGGAAAUUGAUACUGAAGCAACAGCAAGAAGAACAAGACGAACAGAAUCAAUGCGAUUAUCAGAUAAAUCAUCAUCAACAACAGGAACGGGUGAUGGCGAAAAAUUCUGCGAUACAAAACUUGUUGGACAAGAUGGAUUAGGUCAAGAGUUAUUGCUAAAUAUUCUUAGUGACGAUGAUGACGAUGAUGAAACCGAACAAGAGCAGAGAACAUUGUACAAUGCUUGGGGUACAUUAUUACAAAGACGAAAUCAACCAGCAAAUAACGGAAGCGACACUGAUACCGAAAGUGAUGUUAAUAUUAAAACGGGCAAUAAAUUAUCAAAACAAUUUGCAAGUAGUGGUGAUGUCGCUAGUGGCGAUAUACGAAAAAAAAGUAUAUCAAGUUCAUUAAGUAGUGACCCAAAUGGUUCCAUUCAUAGUGAAAGUGCUACAUCAUCAGAGGAUGAGGAUGCAGAUGUGAAUGAAUUUCAACGCGAAGUGUUGCAGUCGCUGAAACGUGGCUAUGAGGAAAAACCCAGAGUAGAAAAUUUAAUCGUAGAAUUAAAUAUGUUGAAACCUACCUAUGUUGUAUCACAAAAUGAAUUCAUUCAAUCAAUAACGCGUUGUGUAUUCUUGCUACCAAGAGAAGUACAAAAUAAAACUUCGACAACACCAAAUUAUUUUGAUUUAUUAAUUCAAACAUUGACACAGACAACUGUGCCAAUUCUCAAAAACUAUGUUCGAUUGGAUGAUGAAAAUUCGCAGCUUCUUUGUUUACAAGAAUUAGAAAAUCUGUGUUUAGAUAAUUUACAAACACUGGGAACACGAAUUCAUCAGAUAUUAGAUUUUCUGUAUGAUCAAGAUGUUUUUGCUGAAAAAUGGAUAUUGAAAUGGUAUGACAGUAAAAAGUUAGAAAAUGAAGCAAAAACAACCAAUCAAGACCAACAACACCAACAAUAUUGGACAAAUUUAAAAACAUUUGUCAAUUGGUUAAAAACGGCCGACGAAGAAGAUUAA